AUUAAAAUAAGGAAAAACACAAGGCGCGAACUCAUCAAUUCUGUGAGACUGACGGCGCACGUGACACAGGAGGAAGAGCCGAGGAACAACAUCUACGACGGCGCACGUGACACAGGAGGAAGAGCCGAGGAACAACAUCUACGACGGCGCGACACCAGUCUCCUCUGAGGUAUGGAGGAUCACUCUGCUGAACCACUUGUCGAGCCUAUUGAUUUUGUUGAUGUUUUUACUACUGAUAAAAAAUUCAGCACUCGAGAUAGCUUGUUGGAAUGGGUUCGAGGUGAAGCAAUGAAGUUAGGGUUUGUUAUUGUUACCACAAGGUCUGAUAAUGGGUCAGAUAGAAGAAGACAGUCAAUUGUACUUGGAUGUGAAAGAGGUGGUGUUUAUAAAAAAUCCAAAAAGCAAUUGAACCACCAAGACACAAAAUCUAAAAAAUGUGAGUGUCCAUUUAGAUUGCGGGGUUAUUUUUUAAGCUCUGGUGUAUGGAAGGUUAAUGUAGUGUGUGGAAAACACAAUCAUGAGAUGACCGAAAAUUUACAAGGUCAUCCUAUUGCAAGUCGUCUAAAUGUGGAAGAAAAGAAACUUGUUUAUGAGAUGAUAAAUAACAUGGUCCUUCCAAAAGAUAUUCUUAUGACUUUAAAAAAACGAAGGCCCGAUAAUGUGACUACUAUCAAACAUAUUUAUAAUGCUUGUCGCAGAUAUAAAAAGUCUAAAAAAGAAGAAGCUGAUGCCGUCGUCAAAGAAGAAGCUGAUGUCGUCGUUAAAGAAGAGCAUCCAGAAAUAUCUAUUAAGGAAGAAAUGGAAGCAAUUCAGGCUUGGUUUGACAGUGCUGAUUACGAUACAAAGAUAUAUAUUAAAGAUCGGCUGCGUCAAAUAGCCUUUCCAGAGACGACUUCACCGUAUCCAUCUCUAGAGAAUGGUAAUGGAAACCUACCAGCCUUUCCAGAGACGACUUCACCAUGUCCAUCUCUAGAGAAUGGUAAUGGAAACCUACCAGCCUUUCCAGAGACGACUUCACCGUGUCCAUCUCUAGAGAAUGGUAAGGGAAACCCACCAGCCUUUCCAGAGACGACUUCACCGUGUGCAUCUCUAGAGAAUGGUAAUGGAAACCUACUAGCCUUUCCAGAGACGACUUCACCGUGUCCAUCUCUAGAGAAUGGUAAUGGAAAUCCACCAGCCUUUCCAGAAACGACUUCACCGUGUCCAUCUCUAGACCCAGGUAAUGGAAACCUACCAGCCUUUCUAGAAAAGCCGUCACUUUGUCCAUCUCUAGACUUGGGUAAUGGAAACCCUCCACUUGCUUAUGAUUUUGAAACUUUGUUAAUGUGAUGUUUUAUGAUUUUGAAACUCUGUAAAUGUGAUGUUCUGGAUAUGGUUUUAAACAUGAAAUUUUUUUUGGCCAAGUUUAAACAUGAAAUAUUAAUAAAGGCUUUUAAUUUUGUUUGUCA